AUGCAAACCUCUGCAAGAGCCAUCAGUGUGAAAAGAGGACACGACAUAACUUUCAGGUGGGAUGCAAACUGUGGAGUAGACGGCACAUGGAAGAAGGAUGGUCUGACAUUGCACAAUGGUGGCAGGAUCAACAUCACAGAACCAACUCAGUAUCUAUGCUUCAACCUGACAAUCCGUGAUGCCACGGACGAGGAUGAGGGUGAAUACACCCUAAAGUUGUCUAACUGGCAUGGCGAUGCGUCAGGUUCUGCGAAAGUCAAAGUACUGGAUUUCGCUGUGGCCUGGAGAAAAAUUGACCACCAAAGAAAUGACAAAGUGAAAACGGCCCAGAGGGAGUUUACACCCAGCAACCCAGAGGCACAACGCCUUCGCUUCCUGCUACAUGGGCCAGUUGGAGCAGGGAAAUCCAGCAUUGCCAACUCUGUCAACACUGUCUUCCAGGGCCGCACGACUGUGAACGCACAUGCAGCCCCAUCCACUGGCAAAAGUGAAACCACAACGUACAACAUGUACGAGGUUAAGGACGAGCAGGGAAGAAAGCUGUCUUUCGUCUUCAAUGACAUCAUGGGACUGGAGGGUACAGAAACAGGCGGGGUGCUGACUGCUGACAUCAUCAGUGCCUUAAAAGGACAUAUCAAAGAUGGCUAUGAGUUCAACCCCUCGUCUUCUUUGUCUGCCGGGUUGUACUACAACAACAACCCCACUCUGGAUGAUAAAGUCCACUGCCUGGUGAGUGUGAUUCCUGCAGACAAAAUCCUUCUGCUGGAGGAAAGCCAUGGCCUAAUCAAGAAGAUGAGGGAAGUCAGAGACGUUGCCAAGAACCUCGAUAUCCCCCAUGUAGUCUUGAUGACCCAUGUGGACAGCUGUCCUCUGGUGAAGGAGGACCUGGACAAAAUCUACUUCAGCAAGAAAAUUAAGAUAGCAAACUACCAUGAAGAGAACCGCGUGGAUGAGAAAGUAGACUGUGUGAUCCUGGAUGCCCUGGACAACAUUGUCAACUUUGCCAAUGAUUAUGUGAUCAGACAGAUUGAAUAG